CGGGUCCCCGAGUUCCUUCGGAUGCGCUACGCUGUGUCGCGAUUUUUGCAGAAACAUUUCGGCUCUCGAACCGGCAACAGCUCUGUCGCACGCACGUCUACGCGGAACGAAAAUGGUUAAGAGUGCUUUGUUGCUACUGACACUAGGUGCUGCGGCUGUGAUCGCCGCACCGAUCGAUGGCGAAUCUGACGAACUGGUUCGAUACGAAAACAUCCAAAACAGCGACGGAUACAAAUUCUCCUACUUGACCAAAGAUGGACAGGAACGGGAAGAAACCGGUCGAAUUGAUCCCACGACGGGUGUGGUGCGCGUUAGCGGUUGGUACAGUUACAGGACAUCAAACGGAGAUACGUAUCGGGUUGAUUAUGAGGCGGAUGAGAAUGGAUAUCGGGCGAAGGAAGCGGAGGGUGCAGUGAUUUCUAUUCAGGCUUUGCCGAAGCCCGUUUCUGCGCAAGGAUUGAAAGAAACGGUGCUGCUGUCGCUGGUAGGAUAAGGCACGAAUUUCGAGGCUUCGCAAAAUCGUUCAAGAGAACGUUAAUGUGAGUAGUUUUAUCAGGUGCCCUGUUAUUUAUUUAAAGUGGAGGUUUAAGAGAUUUAUUCUGGAACGUCAUGGCUAUCAAUUAUAUUAGAAAACGAGGUAGUAGAAAGCAUAAAGGCGUUGCGUUAGAGGGAAACAUCAUCAGUAGAAUAGUUCGUUAUAUACUCCAAUCAUAACAUUAAUCUUGAAGUAAGAAAUACAGCACCAGUAGUGUACUGCAAAACUGUACCAUCUACAAGCGAAGGUUUUUUCUAUUGAUGUGACAAAAAAAUAGUUUUAAAAGUGAUCGUACAGUAUA